GCUCCGCUAUUGGCGGCGGCGGAAUGACGGCCGUGUGGUGCGUGCUGCGACGGGCCGGUGCCGUGGGUUGGAGCGGGACCGCCGGCCUACAGGGGCGGUGCUGCCGCCUCAGCGCUUGGGGACACCCGGAGCCGCUGCCAGCAGCUGGACGGCUGUGUUUGGAACCGGCCGUGAGGUGAGCAGAGCCCGUGAGAUCGUCACGAUGCCCGAGGUGAGCACUGACCACCUGGACGAGCAGCAGGUGCAGCUCCUGGCUGAGAUGUGCAUCCUCAUCGAUGAGAACGACCGUCGGAUCGGGGCGGACACAAAGAAGAACUGCCACCUGAAUGAGAACAUCGACAGAGGUUUAUUGCACCGAGCAUUCAGUGUUUUCUUAUUUAACACAGAAAAUAAACUGUUACUGCAGCAGAGGUCAAACGCUAAAAUUACGUUUCCAGAUUGCUUUACCAACACUUGCUGUAGCCAUCCGCUGAGCCACCCACUGGAACUGGAAGAAAAUGAUGCCAUUGGAGUUCGGAGAGCAGCACAGAGACGAAUGAAAGCAGAGUUAGGAAUUCCUAUGGAGCAGGUUACUCCGGAAGAAAUCUUCUAUCUGACACGGAUUCACUACAAGGCCAAGUCUGAUGGGAUCUGGGGUGAACAUGAGAUAGACUACAUCUUAUUUGUGCAGAAGGAUGUCACGCUGAAUCCUGAUCCCAACGAGAUCCAGAGUUACUGUUACGUGACCCAGAAAGAACUGAAGCAGCUUCUAGACAAAGCCUCGAGGAAUGAAGUGAAGAUUACUCCCUGGUUUAAACUAAUUGCAGAGACCUUUCUUUUUAAGUGGUGGGAUAACUUACCUAACUUGAACAAAUUCGUUGAUCAUGAAAAAAUACACAGAAUGUAAAUAGUCACAGUGAGAUGCUGAAGGCUGGAAGUGAUAUCUGUGUGGUGACUUGUGACUCGAUUGCAGGGAAAAUGGCCCACCUGGAGCAUGGUUAAUAAGUGACUUUAAACAGAUGGUUGUAGCAAAUUUUUCCUGUCUCUUCACCUCUUCUUCCAUUCCAGUAACAUAAGAAACGCCCUUGAUUCAUCCUUCUGUUACUUCAUGUGAUGCUAAAGAACCCUCAGCCUGCGUGUACCCAGUUUGCUCUUACUGCCUUACAUAGAGGUGUGCUAUAAGGGGGUUUGGGUGCUUCCUGCCCAGCUCCUUCGGCAGAGAUGGUGCAUUUCCAAUUUGAUAUCACUGCAUCUUCCAUAGUGCUAAUCACAAAACCAUCUGAGUUCUGUGCUGACGUGCCAGAACUAAUCUGUGAAGAAAAACAGUGAGUUCAAAGCGAGCAGGACUGUUUUAAUUGCAGAACAGAUCUGUCUGGCUGCUGUACUGUGUAGUUAAUCAGAUGUAAAAGCUUAGGUAAUUGGAUCAUCUGUGUGGACUCUGAGCUGCUACAAAAAGUUGUUACAGCUUUAGGUAAUAAACACUGAUUUUUUUUAAUUAAUUUUUAACUAUUUGUUACCCAUCCCUUGCCUGUUCAGUGAGCAAAUACUGCACAUCGCUAAUUAAAAAGUAAUUGUUAAUUAUCCCACAUGUAGAUGGGAGGUAGCUACCUACUGACCAGAGCCUGUCCUUGGAGAAGGGAUGUGAUGUGUGCUGGAGAGUCUUCAUCAUCUUACAUGAAGCAAAGGCAGCUUGGGACAAACUUUUUAUUGACACACCUGAUUUCUUCCCGUUGUCCUGGAGAACUCAAACCUUCUGAACUCAUUCAGUCUUAAUUUUAGUUGACAGAAAAUCUACUGGAGGGGUAAGAGCUGAACCACGGCCACCCCAUGUGGAUUUCUUAAGUUCAUUUCUCUGAGUUUUCCUGAUGAAAUGGGAUAUUCCCCAUACUGGUUCCCUUUAUUUCUGAGACAUGAUUUUAAGUAAGUCUGUCUGGUGUGGGGGUAGAUCUAACUCUUCUGGUUUGUUGCUCAUCCCAGUUGUGUCCACAGUUCUACGCUUAAAGGUUUUAGGGUCAAGCUGUUGUACGCUGACCUGAAGCAAAGCACAGUGGAGGAGGCAACAGCAGCGCAGUGUAACAGCUGUCUUGAAUUUGGUUUCAUUAGCUACACCACUUGACUCUUUUGAAUACCUUUGGAAACACCUGAAUUACUUUUACAUGUUCUCUUAAGGCUGACUAUUAAAAACCAUUAUCCUAAACAUUCGGGCUGGGCUUUAGUUAUUUCUAGACAUGUGCACAAAAUGCUGACCAAGCACUGAAGUGAUACGGCUGGGAGUGAACAAGGUGUAGUUUCAUUUUAACACAAGUUCAAAUGGUCAACUUGGAGCAAAAGCUGGGAGAACAGCCCAUAACAGAAAGAGAGCACAGUUUUGCCAAACAGUUCUUAAAAUCCUGAGAACAGUCUGAAGUAUCUUUUUCCCCCCACACCAUAUUUUUAAUUACAAAUCACAUGAAUUAGAUGAGGGACAGACUACAACUAGGAGUCCAUAAAGGUACAGGCAAGCUGACACCUGAACACUCCACAGUGCUGAUUUUGGCUGGGUUAAUUUUCUUUGUCACUAGCUCACAGUGCUGUAGUUUGGAUUUGUGAUGAACAAGUGCUGACAGCACGAUGAUGUUUAUGUACUGCUGAUCUGAAUCAAAGGCUCUUCUGUUUCUCA